AUGUCGACUAAGGCUCACCUUAACGUCGUCGUCAUCGGCCACGUCGACAGUGGCAAGUCCACCACCACUGGUCACUUGAUCUACCAGUGCGGUGGUAUCGACAAGCGAACUAUCGAGAAGUUCGAGAAGGAAGCCGCUGAACUCGGCAAGGGUUCCUUCAAGUAUGCCUGGGUUCUUGACAAGCUCAAGGCCGAGCGUGAGCGUGGUAUCACCAUCGAUAUCGCUCUCUGGAAGUUCGAGACCCCCAAGUACUACGUCACUGUCAUUGAUGCUCCCGGUCACCGUGAUUUCAUCAAGAACAUGAUUACUGGUACUUCCCAGGCCGACUGCGCUAUUCUCAUCAUUGCCGCCGGUACUGGUGAGUUCGAGGCUGGUAUCUCCAAGGAUGGCCAGACUCGUGAGCACGCUCUGCUCGCUUUCACCCUGGGUGUCAAGCAGCUCAUCGUCGCUAUCAACAAGAUGGACACCACCCAGUGGUCUGAGCAACGUUUCCAAGAGAUUGUCAAGGAGACCUCUUCCUUCAUCAAGAAGGUCGGUUUCAACCCCAAGCACGUCGCUUUCGUCCCCAUCUCUGGCUUCCACGGAGACAACAUGCUGGAGCCCACCAAGAACGCUUCCUGGUACAAGGGCUGGGAGAAGGAGACCCCCAAGGGUGCCAAGGUCAACGGCAAGACCCUCCUCGACGCCAUUGACGCCAUUGAGGAGCCCAAGCGUGCCAACGACAAGCCCCUCCGUCUCCCCCUCCAGGAUGUUUACAAGAUCGGUGGUAUUGGAACGGUUCCCGUCGGCCGUAUCGAGACCGGUGAGCUUAAGCCCGGUAUGGUCGUCACCUUCGCCCCUGCCAUGGUCACCACCGAAGUCAAGUCCGUCGAGAUGCACCACCAGCAGCUCGAGAAGGGUAACCCUGGUGACAACGUUGGUUUCAACGUGAAGAACGUCUCCGUCAAGGAUAUCCGCCGUGGUAACGUCGCUGGUGACAGCAAGAACGACCCUCCCUUCGGUGCUGAGUCCUUCAACGCUCAAGUCAUCGUCCUUAACCACCCCGGUCAGGUCGGUGCUGGUUACGCCCCGGUUCUCGACUGCCACACUGCCCACAUUGCUUGCAAGUUCUCUGAGCUCCUCGAGAAGAUUGACCGCCGUACUGGUAAGAGCGUUGAGAACAACCCUAAGUUCGUCAAGUCUGGUGAUGCCGCUAUCGUCAAGAUGAUUCCCUCCAAGCCCAUGUGCGUGGAGGCUUUCACUGACUACCCUCCUCUGGGUCGUUUCGCCGUCCGUGACAUGCGUCAAACCGUCGCUGUCGGUGUCAUCAAGUCCGUCGAGAAGGACACCAAGGUCAAGGGCAAGGAGACCAAGUCUGCUGCCAAGAAGAAGUAA